AUGAGGAGAUUUUCUGUAUUGCUCGCCACCAUCCUCGCGCUGGUGGUCACGGAAGCGCGUCCCAGUCUAAAAUAUCUACCAAGUGUAGCAGAGCAUGUGGAAUAUACGCCCACCGUUGUAGGACACACCGUACACUCCGUGCCCACCGCAGUUUCGCAUCAGAGUCAAACGAUUGUACACGAGAAACGUCCCUACCUGCGUCCCAUAGUGGAACAUACGCCAAUCAUCAAAACAUACACGCCCAUUGUGAAGACCUACUCGCCCAUUAUCAAGACGUAUACGCCCAGUACAAGCGUCGCAUGGCCGCCAGUUUCAUAUGCACCUGUGUAUCCAUCAUCAGCACACUUGGGUUUAUAUGAUGGCUGGAGUUCGCCCAGCUUGAAGAGUGUUUAUGGUGGUUGGAGUUCAGGUUGGAAGCCAAGUGUAGCCUAUGAGGAUUGGGAUGCAUGGGCGCUUAAAAAGUGA